AUGCUGUGGUCAAAGAUUGCAAUGGCACCUCACUUCAGCUACAUGUCCAGUGCACUUUCACUCACCCCCUCAGUCAGGCUCGAAGGAUCUUACAAGACCUCAACCGGGUCGAUCAUCGAUCGCUACAUCGUGCCUCAGCGAGGAGUGAUUCCUGUGAGAUCUGUCAUCCCAGAGGUCCAGCAGUACCAGGUUCAUGGAACUGCUACAGUACCUGAGGUGAAGCAAGUUCAAGUUCCGCGUCAAAGAAUGGUGCAAGUGAAGGAGACUGUCAUGGUUCCCCAAACUCGGAUCAAGAUGGUUCCAGAAACCGUCAUGACCACCCAACAAGUCACGACGCAGAAGCCCGUCCGAACUGUCCAGACAAUGCAGAGAACAGUGAACAAGGUGGUCGAGGGCCAGAAGAUUGUUGAAUCUCAGCAGGUGCUGGAGUACGAGCGUCCAAAACUUAUCCAAGGUCGCUUCUUGGGGGUGAAGCAAACUACGCCACAAGAGGUGGAUCUCCGAUGGACUACUGAGUAUUACCAGCAAGAGUCGCACCGCCAGCAAGCAGUGACGUCUUCGGUUCCUUCAGUGUCAUACGUGCAAUCACCGAGCCGGGUGCAGUAUGUGACGAGGCCUGCAGUGACGCAGUACAUGACACAGUCAACGAUGCCCUAUGGCAUGGUGCAAUCUGCUCCUUAUGGGACGCAGCAACUCCUGGCCUCUUCCAGCCCUCCCAUCGCUCAGAAUGGUGAUUACGGAUUUCAGUACGGAAGUCAGAUGCCAUACCAACAGAUGCCGGAUGAGCACAGCGUGGGACCAGGCAGCAGCAGCAUGUAUGGAACUGUUCCCGGAUACUCCAGCUUCGACAACAAGCCACCUGCUUUCCAAUACACAGACGAGCACAUUGCUGAUGCAUGA